AUGCUUGUAUCAAAAUCUAAAAAACAACAUCAUUAUAAAUUAUUUCAUCGUAAUUCACUUCUUGUUCAUUUGAAAUCUAAACGUCAUUCAAGACAUCGUUUAUAUUCGUCAGAAGAGAGGUUCAAAAAAAUCUCUCGUAUUCGACAUUUUGUUAAUAAUUUUUAUCAAACAUAUCGUUCAUUAUGUUUAUUUGUAACAUUUAUUCUUCGUCUUUGCAUUGUUAUUGAUAGAAUAAUAAGAGAAUUAUCUAUGUUUAUUGAAAAACUUAUUCAAAUUAUAAGAGUUAUUUAUGGAUGGAUACAAAUGAUACGAUCAAUAUUUUCUGCUAUUCAUCUUAUCAUGAGUCGUAUUAUGAUGUUAUCACACUGUAUUCAUCGAAUAUGUCAUUUACUUACAAUUUUACUUCAACCAUUUUCAAAUCGAACAUUUGAAAAAGCUGUAAGGUCUUUUUCACAUUUUGUAUUUUAUUAUUAUUCAUCAAAUGGUGCUUGUUAUACAUUACAAGCUCGAACACGUCAUAUUGUUGGUAGAGUGCGAGCAAGAUGGAAAAAGAAACGUAAUUAUAUAAUUGAUGAUGGCGAAGAAGAAGAUGAUGAUGAUGAUAAUGACAUUUAUUAUGAUGCUUACAGUGAAGAAUGCUAA